AUGGAGAGUGCUCUGUCCUUGCCCGUGCACACCACCAACAGUGCCGUCGGUCACCCAGAAACUAAGAGAGCAAGGGAGAGAGAAGAAACUCUUGCGCGCGGAACUCUUUUGGGUUGUCUCUUUGGGUUAGCGAGAAUGCGGCAGCUCUCGUCCCUGCUGCAGGGGCUGGCCCGAUCCAUGGCUCUGGGAAAGGAGAGGAAGGAGGAGGAGCAGGGGACGGUGCUGCGGUCGUCGGGGACGCUCCGGGGCGAGGGCUCCGAGACCUUGGCCGCCGUCUGGUCCCGCCGCGGCGAGAAGGGCACCAACCAGGACUGCUCCAUCGUCUGGGAGGGGUUCGGACGCCAGGAGGACACUAUCUUCUGCGGCAUCUUCGACGGCCACGGCCAGUGGGGCCACUACGUCUCCAAGGCCGUCCGGGACUCGCUGCCGCCGUCGCUGCUGUGCCGCUGGCAGGAGGCCGUCACGCUAGCGUCGCUCAUCGACGGCGAGAAGAAGCUCUGCGACUCCCAGUUCGACCUCUGGAAGCAGUCCUACCUGGCCGCCGCCGCUGCCGUCGACGAAGAGCUCCGCCGCAGCAGCCGCCUCGACGCGGUCAACAGUGGCUCCACUGCUCUGUCCGUCGUUAAAAAGGGUGACACGAUGGUGAUCGCGAACGUGGGCGACUCCCGAGCCGUCCUGGGGACCACGUCGGACGACGGCAGCAUCGCAGCCGUCCAGCUCACCGUCGACUUCAAACCCAACCUGCCUCAGGAGAAGGCGCGCAUCGUGCAGUGCAAGGGCCGCGUGCACUGCCACGAGGACGAGCCCGGCGUGCACCGGGUGUGGGUGCCCGACCGGGAGGCGCCGGGGCUGGCCAUGUCGCGUGCGUUCGGCGACUACUGCGUCAAGGACUACGGCGUCAUCUCGGCGCCGGAGGUGACGCAGAGGAGGAUCGCCGCCCGGGAUCAGUUCGUCAUCCUGGCCACCGACGGGGUCUGGGACGUGGUCUCCAACGAAGACGCGGUGCAGAUCGUGGCGGCCACGGCGGACAGGGAGAAGGCGGCGAAGCGCCUCGUCCAGUGCGCCGUCCGUGCCUGGAGGCGCAAGCGGCAGGGCUACGCCGUCGACGACUGCUCGGCGAUCUGCCUCUUCCUCCACCACUCGCCGCCAUCGUAG